AUGCCGACAGGAGGUUGCCUUUGUGGCCAGCUAAAGUAUGAGUACGCCGGAGAGCCCGUCAUGAAGGCAACGUGCCACUGCAUAACUUGCCGCCACGUGAGCGGAAGCCUCUUCACUACCAACAUCGUCGUACAAGAAGGAAACUUCAGGGUGACAAAGGGAACGCCCAAGACAUAUCAAACUAUUCAAGACAGUGGAAUGAUCUUGAAGUACUCGUUCUGUGAAAACUGUGGUUGUGUUAUUAGCAAGGUUGGAGAUGCUGAGACAUUCCAAGGAGUGACUCUCAUUCUGGCCGGUUCGCUUGACGAUGAGUCUGAUGUAGAAGCUGCAGAGCCGGGGGUCGAGUUCUAUGUGAGCAAGCGGGCUUCCUGGCUUCCGGCGCUUGCAGGGAAAGGACAAAUGCAGGAGUUUUCGUAA